CUGUACAUGCAUACACUGUACAUGCAGUAGGAGAUUGUUAUAUCAUCAGAGCUGGACAAUUGUUGUACUGUAACAAUAUAGAACAAGGAUGCUAUUAUAGUGUAGGCUGCACAUUCUCAAAUAUGGUAUACUGCAUGAGAGGAAGAGCAUGCAGCUGCUCCACAGUGUUGAGGUCAUAGCUCAGCUAGUCCAUUCAAUUGUUAGCUAUUAAACUAAUCCAAUGGCUGUUGCUGCCUUUUUACUGAUUAUCAUUUCAUUAAAUUGUGUGUCUAGCUUAAAUGACAACACUACUGACUAUUGUAACCAACUGAACUGCCCUCCAUGGAUGCAAGCAAAGGGCUCAGAGUGUGUGUGCAGGAAUGACCUUCCUUUUGACUUACACUGUGAAGAUGGAACUGCCUACCUCGAUAUUGCGAGCUGUAUGAGCAUCGAUAAUGAUACCGUAUCUGUUGGUGAAUGUGCAUACAAUUACCAAAAUGUGUCUGCUGACUUGGCUGUGGAGUUGCCAUCAAAUUUGUCCAUUCAUGAACUAAAUGCUGUGUUUUGUGAUCCCCUCAACAGAGAGGGCAUUCUGUGUCAUCGUUGUAAGGAAGGAUUUGGUGUGGCUCCACUGUCAUUGGAAUACGCCUGUGUCGAGUGCCCUGACAACACUGCUGGGUGGUGGGUGCUGUUCCUAGUGCUGCAAUUCGGACCCGUCACCAUCUUCUACCUGAUUAACUUGGUCUGGCAGGUCUCCUUUGCUAGAGCUCCUUUCAGGUGUUUUGUGUUCUUUAGUCAAAUUAUAUUUUGGUUCAUGACUUUACGUGAUAGCAGAGUACUUACAAAUAACCUGAAUCUAUUUGCUAGGGUCUAUGUCUAUGCUCUCGAGUUCCUUAACGGUAUCUGGAGUCUUAACUUUGUGUCUGUAUUUCCACCUUUCUGCAUUAGUACGUCUUUCACAAACAUUCAUUUUGUGUAUCUCCAAUACUUAGUGGCAGUCUACCCUUUGUUUCUCAUUGCUUUGACACUCGUACUGUAUAAACUUCAUGAGCGAAACUUUAAGCCUGUGGUAAUCCUCUGGAAGCCAUUUCGCAGAUGUUUUAUCUCCACAAGGACAAUGUGGGACUACAAGAGCUCAAUUGUGAACGUGUUUGUCAACUUUUGCUUAUUCUCAUUGUCUAACAUUAUUUCUAUUGUUUUUACGAGUUUUUAUUUCUCGGAAACAUACAAUCUUUGUUUAGCUUUCCAAGUGGAACUGUCGGUAUGGGUGGAUCCAUCCACUCCUUACCCAGAUCCUGUCCUGCUCAUUCUGUCUCUUGUGUUCUCCAUAGCUACCAUCACUGUCAUCACACUCGUCAGUUGCUAUCCACUGAAGUGCAUGAAGCUGUGCUUUAAGCGUUGUUGCCGAUCUCAAAUCUUCCUCUAUAUUAAAGCAUUUUUCGAUGACUUCACCUCCAGUUAUAAAGACGGUACUACUGAAGGCUCUUGUUGUAAUUGGCAGUAUCUUGUGGUCAUUUACCCCGUUCUUCUGAUUUUAUUACAAGUGAUUUAUUUGGGUGCUUCGAGAACCUUUAGACCUGUGGUAUUUGCAAUGAACUCGCUACUUCUAUUCUCUUUCACCGUGUUUGUGGCUCUGGUUCGCCCCUAUAAGAGGUAUAGUGAUAAUGUGGUUGAAUCUCUGCUCAUCUUUUUGUUGGCUGUAGUAUUUGAACUAGGUAGUUUGGAUGUACAAAGUCCUAUCUUGCUUGCGUAUGUGUCCAUUCUUCUAGUCAGCAUACCCCAUGGAUGUUUCGUAGCGUUCAUUGUUUACAGUGUGUGCAAGAGGUACAAGAGAUAUUGUGACUGUGGUUGUAAAGAAAAGAAAGAAGUGGUGGAGGACGAUCAGUUGCCCGAUAGAUUUGUCAACGCUGAGAACUACCAACAAUAUAAUGUCCUAAACCCACUAUAGGUAAAGGGUCAUCCUAAUUGUAAUGCUAUUAUGUUGAAGUUUUGAUAAUGCUCUUUACCAAGUUUCGAUUGUGUCACCCUAAUAAUAAUGACUAAACUGAUCUGUUUGUUUGCUUGUAUAUUCCGUGUGUGUAAUAGUACUUCUCUAUAUUGGGAACACAGCCCUUGCAUGUACGUAUGCUCAUGUGUCUGAUUAUAUUUCUCAGUUCUAUGAAUUAGGAAAUCCAUUUUGUCCCAUUAUUAUAAUAUUUACACGAGUAGUUAUUCCUAACUGUUUUAAUGGCGCUACGUGCUACAUAAGUGGAUGCAUGUGAUAUUCAUGUCCAAUAUUCAUGCUGUGUUUAGUGCCCUGAGGUGAUCUGUGGAGAGUAGGAGUGACUCACAUGUGUUGUCCAAUGAGUACCUUGUAAGGCAGAGCAUAGCUAACUCCAUAGCUACCAAGCUUUGUUGCUGACUCUCAGAAGCUCUGCUAAAUUGAUUCAUUAAUUGUAUACUCUCAUUCAUAGGUAAUGUUUUUGUGAGCUUGUCCCUAGACAUUGUUUAUGACUGUGGGAACUUAUUAGAUUAUCUACAGCCCAACACCACCUGUGUGUGUUGUCUGCAGGCUGGCUGCAGUCAUGGGGGACACUGUCUGGUGUGUGUUCUAUCUGUUGCUAUUAUUUGUGUUUGUGUGUCUUAUUGUCAGGAAAUUUUAUUUUGUCCUGUUACAGUAGCUACUAAGCCUGUUAUCUAU